GAAAAAGAGCAGCACCUGUUCAAGAUGGAAAAUGAGUGGCUUGAGAGGGAGAAACGUCACAAACAGGAGGAGUACAGGGAAAUAUUGCUCAGAGCAGCACAGGACAAGAAGAAUAGUCUCAACAAAGAAAGACAGAGUGAACUUGCCUUAGAGACAGAGAUAUUGGAAAAAUGCCUUCAGGACCCUCAGAAGGAUGCUGAGGAGAAAACAAAAAGAAAACGAGAGCUGCAAAGGGAGCAACAGGCUUACCUGGCACACCUGGCUCAACAGCUGGAAGAUGAGAAAGAGAGAAAGAAAGAAGAUGAGAAGCUCUUCAAAGAAGAGAAUGAUCAGGUUUGGGCCAAGAGAGCUGAGCAAAUGAAACGAGACAGGGAGGCUCGGAAUCAGCUGCUGAGAGAUGUCAUGAGCACGAGACAACUGCAGGUUGCAGAGAAGUUGCAGGAACACACAGAGGAGCAAAUAGAAAUUGCUGAAGAGAGGAAGUUACUAGCUGAAGCAAUUGCAGAGUUAAAACUUUGGGAAGAAGAAAAGCGUGCAAGAAAAGCAGAGGAAGCCAGGGAGUACGGAGAGCAGCUCAGGACCCAAAUUGCCUAUCAAGAGUGGGCCCGAGGUGCUGAGGAAGAGGAGAACCAGCAAGAGUACAAAUCAAGUCUGUCAGCAGAGAAGGAUUACCAAGAAAGGGUACAGGCCAUCCUGUCAUCACCCUGUGAGUCCGUAGCAAACCCUCAUCCUCUAAGAGCAGCACUUGUGCCUGACUUCUAA